AUGACUUCGAUCAAACGCCCCAUGGAGACGUUGUCAAUUCCCUCCAAGCGGCAAAAGGUCGACGCCGACGAUUUUUUCAUUCUCCCCAUAAAUCCUAUUAUUAGAACGGCAAAGGACCACUCCAUCUCCGCCCUCCCUUCCUCCUCCCGCCUCCAAUUCCACGUCAUCAUAACCGAUGUAUUCUGGCACUAUCCCGAAUGCAUCCACGACGUAUUCUCCCUAGACUUCCAUGCCGACUCCUCCGACACCAUCAAAUCCAUCCACGACAACAUUCAGCUCAUCACCGGAAUUCCGGUCACCGAGCGGAGGCUUUUCUACGGCGAGACACAUCUCCAUUGCGAGCAAACAUUAGUUGAAUGUCAAGUGGAGAAUUUUGCAGAACUCUCCCUCGUUGGCCGUAUGCGCAGCGCCAAAUACCCGGGAUCCUGCGACCUCAUCAACGUGGCCGUUUCGUUUAUUUUCAUUAUGUGCAAGGAAGAUCCUCCCAUCGAUGUCCACACUACACCGAAGUUGAUGCUCGAGGAGUUCUUGUCGAUGAUUCCCCGGACGGACAUUGAACAAGCGUGUGGGCAUUUGAAGAUGUUCAGUGCUUCCUCGGCCCCAACAGCGCUAGUCAUGCUCUACAUGUCGCCUUUUGGAACGAAUAAGAGUGCGGCUGAUGAGGCCGUUAGAUAUUUCCUCACCUCGAUUAAGAGCAUCCUGCCUAGGGAUAUGCAUCAUGAGUGUGUGCCUAUAAUUUUGGAAUUUUGUAAAUUGUUGAAGGAAGCAGCCGGAAUUGAUGAUCCAUUGUAUCGUUUGUGCCGAGGUAGUUUAGGGGCAAUGACGGUGUAUACUGCGUUAGCAGCUAAAUUCUCCCGUGCUUUGGCGUUGAGUGCGGAGUCGUUGGUUGAUAUAAGUGAGCUCUCUUCAUUUGUGGCACCACUGCUGAAGGAGAUUAAGGGAUGUGAUCCGAUUGUUGUUCCGUUGACUGAGGAUUUUCGUGGCGUACCUCAUGUUUAUAGUGAUGAGCUUAGAAUUUUGUAUGGGAUUUUCCAUGAUUUAUUAAGUAUAUUGGAGUCGUGUUUGGGGAAACUCGAGGACCGUAUUAGCAGUGAUAUGGAACAAGAUAAGGAUACCAUUUAUAUUGGACUUUCUAAUUACCUUAAACUUAUGAAGGAACUUAAUAGUAUCUCAAAGAUUUAUAGUGGUUGUGAAGGUUUAUUUUGGGAAAUUAUGAAGAGUACAAAGGGAGCUUUCUGUAGGCUUGUUGUCAUGUGUGCAAAGAGGGGUGAGGACCAUAGUUGGAUUUUUGAGUGUAAGGAAGUGACCAACUUCGAUGCAAGGAGACAUUUAGCAAUGAUGAUGCUUCCUAGAGUGAAGGCUAACUAUGAGGUACGGCAUGAGAUGCUGAUUGACCGCUCACAUUUGUUGGCAGAAUCAUUUGAGUAUAUGAAACAUGCUGAGAUUGAGUCCUUACGUGCUGGUUUAUUUAUGGAGUUUAAGAACGAGGAAGCCAUCGGCCCUGGUGUUAUACGGGAGUGGUUUUUAUUAGUAUGCCAAGCAAUCUUCAACCCUCAAACUGCCCUCUUUGUAGCUUGCUCUGAUGAUCGUAGAAGGUUCUAUCCAAAUCCAGCAUCUAAAGUGGACCCAGUGCACCUCGAGUAUUUUGGCUUUGCGGGAAAAGUGAUUGCCUUAGCCUUGAUGCAUAAUGUACAAGUUGGCAUCGUAUUUGAUCGUGUAUUCUUUUUGCAAUUGGCUGGGCAUACAAUCACCUUAGAAGAUAUAAGGGAUGCAGAUCCCUUGUUAUAUAACAGUUGCAAGCAAAUCUUAGAGAUGGAACCUGAGGCUGUUGAUCAAGAUGCCUUAGGUUUAACAUUUGUUCAUGAAGUCGAGGAGCUAGGAAUAAGGAAGACUAUUGAUCUCUGCACUGAUGGGAAAACUAUUGCGGUAAAUAGUGAAAAUAGGAGGGAAUAUGUUGAUUCUCUUAUACAACACCAGUUUGUGAUAUCUGUUGCUGACCAGGUAGAGCAUUUUGCCAAAGGCUUUGGUGACAUUAUGGGUUGUCGACGUCUCCAAAAAUCCUUCUUCAAGUGCUUGGGACUAGAAGAUCUGGACAGGAUGCUACAUGGCAAUGAAAGUGCAAUCUCUGUAGAUGAUUGGAAAGCACAUACAAAGUAUGAACUUUUUAAGGAAACAGAUGAUCAGAUAUUGUGGUUUUGGAAGAUUGUCGGAGACAUGACAGAGGAGCAGAAAAGGAUUCUACUCUUCUUCUGGACCUCGAUGAAAUACUUACCAGUUGAAGGUUUCAGUGGUUUAGCUUCUCGGCUUUACAUCUGCAAGACUUUUGAAUCCAGUGGACGACUUCCUUCGUCUCAUACGUGCGUUUACCAUUUGUGCUUCCCUGCGUACCCUACCAGUGAUGUGAUGCAUGAUCGUCUUAGCAUUAUCACUCAGGAGCAUGUAGCUUGCAGUUUUGGGACAAGGUAA